AUGAACAUGGUUGCUCCCACUGAUGGACGAGAGCAUGACCCCCUUCAGAGAUGGCAAGGUGUCCCCAUCAUCUCCUGGGGAGUUGGCGGCGUAGUAGUCACUUCAUUCCCAAAGAGCAUCCCGAGAUAUGUCAUGAACCAAACGACACCAUCCAUGUUGCGAGCUCCCGGAGAAGUCAAGGUCCGAAACAUCAAGGACAUUGAAUCCCUGCAGGACCGCCUGGCCAAGUUCCCCGGUCCGCUCAAGGGCAAGUCGAAGAAGAAAGAGGUACUCUCCUGGCUCAGUGCUGGUAUCGAAAGCCUGGAGAAAGAACUUCCAGAAGUGUCUUUCCACCCGCAGCUUUCGCACGAAGCAAAACGGACGAUUGAACGUCUCCUGCUGUGGAAGAUCCUUCGAGUCUUUGUCGAAUAUGAUGGUGUGCUAGAAGGCAACCCUGCAGCGGAGAAGGCUGUGCGAGAUGUUCUCUCCCCAGGAACCGUCACCCCAACUGCGGAGAAUGACGCCCUGUUUCCGGUGGAUCCAACCAUCGGUAUCACUGGCACUGCGGUGACCUCGAUGCAGGCCGAUGGAGCCGAUGCCGCUACCAUGGAGCAGAUUCGCCGUCAUCUGCUCAAGGGUGACCGCGAAACCGCCGUCUGGACGGCAGUCGACAAGCGUUUGUGGGGACACGCCAUGCUUAUCUCCCAUACAGUUUCGCCCGACCUGUAUAAGCGUGUUGCGCAGGAGUUUGUUCGCAAGGAGGUCAACCAUCCCGGCCAGAACAACGAGUCUCUUGCCGCUCUGUACAAGAUCCUGUCCGGCAACUAUGACGAUUGUGUCGAUGAGCUCGUUCCGGUGCAUGCUCGUGCUGGCAUGCGACUGGUCUCGACCGGGUCGUCUUCUGAGCCCACCAAGGACGCCAUGGAAGGGCUGGAUAAGUGGAGGGAGACGCUGACGCUUGUUUUAAGCAACAGAAGUGCUGAUGACAUCCGCGGCCUCAACGCCCUGGGCAAGUUGCUAUCCAGCUACGGCAGGGCCGAAGCCGCCCACAUCUGCUUCCUGUUCAGCAGACAAAUAUCCGUCUUCGGCGGCUUCGAUGACCCCAACGUUGAUUUUGUUCUGCUGGGGUCAGACCAUCGCCAGAACGCGCACCAGAUUGCAAAGGACACGGAAGCUCUGCAGCUCAGCGAGGUGUACGAGUACGGUCUUACGCUCUCGGGCAUCCCCUCGGCGGUCGCUGGCGCCCCUCAUCUCGCAGCUUACAAGCUUCACCAUGCCAUGACGUUGGCUGAAUAUGGCUACCGGGACAGAGCUCUGCAAUAUUGCGAUGCCAUCCUUUCAGCAAUAUCCUCUCAGACGAAGAGGUCGCCCUAUCACCACCCACUGCUGGAGGCGGCCGUCGAUGACUUUAUGGUUCGCUUGAAACAGGCACCGAAAGAGGAGUCAUCCUCGUGGAUGUCUAAACCCAGCAUGAACAAGGUGUCGGACAGCAUGUGGAACAGAUUCAACAAAUUUGUUGCCGGAGAGGAAUCCGAGAAUGCCACUGCCACGCCGACCGAGGAAACCGGCCCAUUUGCCCGUAUCGGAACCCCGUCUAUGAGCCGCUCUCCCUCUGUUUCUAAC